CCAUUCCCCACUAUGGUUUCUAGUCAAAACAAACUGCGGUUGGAAAAAAGUUGAAUUUGAUCCCAGAGAGGCUUUUUUUCUGCCGAGGCUUCAAUGGAGACGAGAUCAAGAUGAUGAUGAUGAUAGUGACGGACAGUUGAUGUGAUCUGAAGAGGAGGAUGAAGAUGAGGAGGAUGAAGCUGAGGGUGAACCACAGGCAGCUGCAGUUUCUGUCCAGAGAAGAAACAUCUGGAAGCUUCCAGAAAGAAGGAACGCUGGGAGUCGGACGUCAGGACGGAGAUCUGACUGAGCGGUUCUGUCGGCUCAGAGGAAACCUGCUCUUCAUCCUGAAGGAACAGGGUGGUAAACUAGAGCAGGUGUUACUGUUGGAGAAAUGUGAGGUGAUGAAGCUUCCAGGUGACAACACACAGCUGGCUGUCACCUUUGAGAGUGGUGACCCUCCCAUGUUCCUUCAGUGUAGUAGUCCCUCAGAGUGCAUAUCGUGGCUCGUCGUCCUUAAAAACGCCAACGCUGACUCACUGAGGAGACGCAUCACACACCUGCGCACGCUGAUUAACACACACGCUCCCUCACAUGAACAACUACACGCACACACGGCUUCACACUGCAGCGGGGACGGUACAGGGGGAGCUGAACCUGCUGCUAAAGUUUCCCCACUGCACCUGACUGUCUGUGUGGUUGCCAUGGCAGUCAGAGUCCAGGUUCAAGUUUGUGUGAUAGACAUGCACACGCAAACAGUCAGGAAGUACUGCUGCUGCAGGAUGGAGAAAGCAGAUGUUGGCGUGUUUCUAACCUCGGUGUGUUUUCGUGGCGACUUCCCUCUCUACCAUCACAGCCGGAUCAAAGUCAACGUUUACCACGAGGAGGAGGAGCUGCCGACACACACCGCAAGGAGCUUCCUGGGUUUCACCUCCUUCUCCAUCAGAGAUCUGUUCAAAUCCAAGGAGCCGCACAUCUCACUCAGCCUCAGGACGAUGGAUGGAGUGAACGAGGCGGGGGAGGUGAAGGUGUCCCGUCUGCAGAUGGAGGGCGAGAACGAGGAUCAAACGCCUCCCGAGCACAAGUGUCCCGAGCUGUGCGACAGCCUCCACGGCUCCGUCCACGACAAAGAGAACAGCUCGACCAUGAGAGCGGCGCUGUGUGCUCAGGUGUGUAAGGUGUACAGGUUUCAGACAGAGGAUCAAAGAUGGCUGCUUGUGCGGGAACAGAUGUCGGAGACGCCGCUCUCUUUCUCUUUGCCCAAACAGCUUCUGAGCGUGCUCAUACGGGAACACACGAGCAGAGUCCGGGAGGUGAGGGAGCUCGGGGACUUGUCGCCGCACUGGGACGGGCUCCGUCAUGACGUCAUCAACCACUGCAGCCACCUGAUUGGCUGUUAUCAGGACACCCUCUCCGAGCUCGACAAACUCUCAGUGUCGUCGUGUUUUAAGUCGAGCGGCAGUAAGUCAGACAAACACCUUCAGUUUGUUUCUACAAACCUGCACGCUCAGAGGAUGGAGGUCACCGCUGCAGACAGCACAGGUGUUUGGUACGAGGUCAUAACAUUCGGCGCUCCUGCUGAUCAUCACCAGGCCUUCAAACAUGGAGGACUGAAGAGGCUGCUCAGCAAACACUCGAACCAAACAGACAGCUCCGUCUCUUACUCAGAGGACGAGAGCCGCAGAGCGAGGGAGCUUCUCUCCAGUGUCGCCCAGUUGCAGCCUCUGGUCUUCGGCCUCGCCGAGGAGCUGCUGUCCGUGUCUCAGGAGCAGAACUCCUACCGGCUGCAGCAUGUCCUCGACGCUCUGAAUCAACAGACGGAGCUGUUUGUUCACGCGCUCAAAGACGAGCUGGUGAAGAGCGCCCUGUUAGCGAUACACAACCAGUGUGCAGCGAACUACAACAGCAGCCAUGUUCACAGCAACGGGUUGCUAUGUGACAACACGUCAGCCGAUCAGGACGGCGAGACAUCGUCGGGGCAACAGGAGGCAGAGUACGACGAGGAGGAAUGGGCAAGUUUCUUAUUUCUGAUGUGGUGUGUGUGUGUGUGUGUGUGUGUGUGUGUGUCAGGUGACGAGGUGGGGAUGUUGGAGGACAUGGAGGUGGGCGUGGCAGACCUGAGCGACGUUGCGUUCACUGUCACUGAGGCUACAACGGAGCAACCAGAAGACCUGCUGCCGACACUCAGAGGAGCAUGGGGCUGCUAUGUUGUAGAGGUCCCGUUGCCCCCGGAGACGUACACAUCUCUACCUCAGGAGGUAAAAGAGGGUCGUUUGAUACGAGUUCAUCCCGUUCUCUUCAACAUCGGAAUCAACCAGCAGCAGAGUCUGGCUGAGAGGUUUGGAGACAGCUCGCUGCAGGAGAGAGUGAACCUGCAGAGCUGUGAGAGACUCAAAGUUUACUGUCAAACACUGACAGACACAACACCACAUACGGCUGGUAUCCAGUCACUUUCAGAGUUGUUGUCGUCUCUGGAUCGAUGUUUAGAAACCAGGAAGAGGAAGAACGUGGAGGUUCUGUGGAUCGCUGCGACGGUGUGUCGUCAGGUGAACGGCGUGCGUCUGACGAGCUGUAAGAGCGCGAAGGACCGGACGGCGAUGUCGGUGACUCUGGAGCAGUGUGUGUUACUGAGAGACAGACACACACUGAGCCAGCAGCACUUCAGCACCGCACUGGACUACAUGAGGAGGUCCCGUCUGUCCUGGGGGCAGAUGUUGGGCUGUUACACCCAGCCGGGGGCCUCCGUCUGCGGGUUAGACUCGGGGGAGUGUCCCCCCGGUCCUCGGGGCUCCGGGUCCGACUCGUGCUGGGCUCCUAAAGCUCCCAGACGUCACCUGUACCCGGUGGCCUUCCUGCUGGUCACGUCUCACCUGCUGGUCCUGUGGCUCAUCCUCAGCCUGGUCAUUCUGCUCGCCAAGUACCAGUAGAGCCGCACGCACUGGGAACACUGGGAGCAGAGACGAGCACGCAGAUACUUUUUUUUUUUUUUUAAAGAAGAGGCUUCAACAAGCGUCUUUUCUUUUCUAAGUUCCUUUUUUAUUGUUUUCGAGACGAGGGAGGACAGUAAUAAGUGGACAGUAGUCAUGGCAACAGGAGCGCUGGACCCCUGUAACGUGUCUGACAGUUACAAUCUGACCUCCAGCUCUCACUGAAGAACAGACGAUCCAUGUUGUCCGACUCUCUCCAGACAUUUCUUCACCCAAAACUUACCUUCCUAUUUAUUAUGUGAAUGUCUUUCUGCAUUACUGUGUGUGUGUGUGUGUGUCUGUGUGUGUGUGUGUGUGUGUGUGUCUGUGUGUGUGUGUGUGUGUGUGUGUGUGUCUGUGUGUGUGUGUGUCUGUGUGUCUGUGUGUGUGUCUGUGCGUGUGUGUGUGUCUGUGUCUGUGUGUGUCUGUGUGUGUCUGUGUGUGUGUGUCUGUGUGUGUGUGUGUGUGUGUCUGUGUGUGUGUCUGUGUGUGUCUGUGUGUGUGUGUCUGUGUGUGUGUGUGUGUGUGUAUAUGUGUGUGUGUGUGUGUGUCUGUGUGUGUGUGUGUGUGUCUGUGAGUGUGUGUGUGUGUGUAUAUGUGUGUGUGUGUGUCUGUGUGUGUGUGUGUCUGUGUGUGUGUGUGUGUGUGUGUGUGUGUGUCUGUCUGUGUGUGUGUCUGUGUGUGUGUGUGUGUGUGUGUGUCUGUGUGUGUGUGUGUGUGUGUGUCUCUGUGUGUGUGUGUGUGUGUGUGUGUCUGUGUGUGUGUGUGUGUGUGUGUGUGUGUGUGUCUCUGUGUGUGUGUGUCUGUGUGUGUGUGUGUGUGUGUGUCUCUGUGUGUGUGUCUGUGUGUGUGUGUGUCUGUGUGUGUGUGUGUGUGUGUGUGUGUGUCUCUGUGU